AUGGCGACUCCCAUGCAUCGGCUCAUAGCUCGGAGACAGGCUGAAGCCAAUAAACAACUUGUAAGAUGUCAGAAAUGCUUGGAAUUUGGACAUUGGACAUACGAAUGCAAAGGAAAAAGAAAGUACCUGCACAGGCCUUCCGGAACAGCGGAGCUGAAGAAAGCUUUAAAAGAGAAAGAAAACAGAUUCUUGCAGCAAAGCAUUGGAGAGACUAAUGCAGAGAGAAAGAUCAAGAAGAAGAGGUCUAAGAGUGUCACAAGUUCCAGUACCUCUAGCAGUGACAGUUCUGCCAGUGAGUCUUCAUCAGAGAGCGAGAAAUCCUCCUCAGAGGACAGUGACUCAGACGACAGCCGCUCUAGCUCCUCCUCCUCAGUUUACACCUCCUCGUCUUCCUCCUCCUUGGACUCAGACUCGGACUCCAGCUCCUCCAGCAGCAGCAGCAGCAGUACAGAGAGCAGCUCUGAUGAUGAGCCGCCCAAGAAGAGGAAAAAGAAAUAGAACUCUCCCUACACUGGACUAAUGGACCAAAAACAUCAGUUUGACUCACAGGGGAACUGAAAACAUGCUCAAGCAAGCAAGUUAGCUGGUCAGCUUGUUAGAAUUCAGAACUUUCUAAGUAUUUGCCAUUGUAUGAAAUAUUAAUAAAAGAAAAUAUAUAUAUAUAUAAGACAUUUAUUUUAGGAAUGAAUAUUGUGUUCUUGCUGUUUUUCUUUUCUUUU